CGCCGAUAUGAUCGAUCGCCACAGGGCCAGCGCAGCACGCAGCACGCCCGGUGUGUUAGCUUCAAAGUAGCGGUGAUGAUUUUUACAACUUGUAGAUAACCUUCAGGAUACAAAACAUGACGGACUACGCCGAAGAGCAGAGGAAUGAACUAGAAGCGAUAGAGUCCAUCUACCCAGACUCCUUCACAGUUCUUUCAGAUAACCCCACCAGCUUCACCAUCACUGUGACAUCAGACGCAGGAGAAGAUGGAGAAAUUGUGGAAACGUUGUUAAAGUUCACAUAUGUAGAGAAAUAUCCAGACGAGGCUCCGCUGUGGGAGAUUCAAUCCCAGGAGAACCUGGAGGAUGUCGACGUGGGGGAGAUCCUCACUUUACUCCAACAGCAGGCGGAGGAGAACCUGGGCAUGGUGAUGAUCUUCACGUUGGUCACAGCCGUUCAGGAGAAACUCAACGAAAUCGUCGACGUGAUGAAAAACAGACGAGAGGAAGAGAAAGAACGGAAAGAGAGAGAGUUAGAGGAGGCGGAGAAGGUAUUGUUCCAGGGCACUGUGGUCACCAUUGAGAACUUCCUGGCAUGGAAAGCGAGGUUUGAGCUGGAGGUGGACGAGCUGAGGAAGAAACGGCAGAAAGAGGAGGAGCAGGGGGGAAAACUCAAACUCACCGGUAAACAACUGUUUGAGACAGAUCACAACCUGGACACGUCUGACAUCCAGUUCCUUGAAGACGGUGGAAACAGCGUAGAAGUGGACGAGUCUCUGUUCCAGGACAUCGAGGACUUGGACCUGGAUGAGGACGACCCAGACUUUGACCCUUUAGAGAUGGGCAGCGACGAAGACUAAUCUAGGACCAGGACUGUGAGGACUGACCGGACCUUGCACCGGGGGUCUCUGGAAACGGUUUAAUCCCAACAGCUGCUUUCAUUUUGUAAAGACUCUCACAGCAGCUGGAGAGAGAAUCUGCAGAAACACAACGUAUACACAGCCAUGAGUGUUAAUUCAACGCCUGAAUAAUUAAAAUGUACCAGAUUAAUGUCUGACCUCGCUCUGCUGCUGUGUGGCAGCGCUGAUGUUCGGCCAGUAGGGGGCAGUACAGUGUCGUUAAGUGAGUCCAGGGAAAAGAAAAGCAUUCAGACACACAAUACUCAAAUGAAUAAAUAAACUCUUUUACAAUAACAA